AUGAAUAAGAGUCCUAAUAUAGAAGAAGAUCAGGUUGUUGCUAGUCUUAGUCUAGUUAGGAAUCAUGUAGAAAAUCAGGAAAAUGAAAAUGAGCUUAACAAGGUAGUGUCUAGUGCAGUGCCUAUAGUUCCUUCACCACCCACAGUGGAGCAGAGUGUAGAUGUGAAUAAUGUGUCUGUGUUAGAACAAAUGGAUCUUGAUGUGAGGAGUGAUCAAGGUGGCCUCACCACUCUUGUCAAUAUCCAUGUCCAACAAUGUCAUGAUCCAUUGCCUGCUCUUAAGAAACCUAAAACUUUUGUGAGGAUAAACAGAAAUCAAGUUUCUGAAGGGAAAGAAGAAUCUUCUAUACCCAUACCUGUUUCUAAUCCCGUCAUUCCCAGCCACGAACACAGCCACCCGCCCGCACCCCAGCUUUGCCAGAUUCGGAUCUUUAUCCGGGUUAACGAGCGGGUUAUCCAGACCCAAUCCAUUGUUCGGGUAGGCGUAGAUCCAAAGUUUCUGCAUCUGGGUUUUCAGAUAGGGAUAGGCCGAUUCAUUCCCAAUGGCCCUCUUCCCCAAGAAGUAAGGGCAGUUCAAAAACAUCCCACUGAUUUUGAAACCCGGAUCCUCCGACCCGACCCGAAUUGCCAUGUGGUGCGCGAUGUUGGCGCCGGCGCUGUCCCCUCCCAAGUAAACGCGCCGGAAAUCGGCGAAUUUGGCGAGCCAGGGCUCGGUGCUGUUCAAUGA